AACGUUACCCGGCCUCCGAGAUUCUUUUUUGUUAAGCUUGGGGGAUGAAAAGUUCGCAUGCUAGCCGUAAUUAAAAGUACACACUAACCCAUUCUCAAAAAAGAAUUUGGAUGUUUUAGGGCAUAAAAAAAAAGUUCGUCCUCCAUCCUUGUGAAAAUAAGGUCAAGGGUCUCUCCCAAUCUCUCCCGCCUCUUGGAAUUUCUCGACAAAAGCCAUCUCCAAUCGUCCUUCUUCCUCUCUCUCUCGCGCACACACCACACCACUGAUCCGAUCCAUACCACUUCUCCCCAAUUCCUGUUUUUUUCCCUCGCCCCACCAUCCGCCCCGCGAUGGUAACCUCAAAACAGAGAUUACCUGGGAAGGCUCGAGUCGCACCUCCUCCACCAAUGUCUGAUUCUAUCAAUUCCUUUUCUGCGCAAAGCAUACUUGCUUCCGCUUUCUCGCCCUCGCCGCUACAACUGUCCCUUUUUGCUUCUGUCGUACUUGGUCUUGAUGCGCAAUGCUUGAGAAUUCACGACAUAGUUGCAAAUAGACUGCGCUGUGAACUUACGCUCGACAAGGGCGUGGCUAUCAACCAUCUUAGCUGGGGUGAAAUUCCGAACUCGGAGGAGACCAUCAGGAAGCAUAAGAGGAAGCGCACCGGGACAGAUGGCGAAGGAAGGGGGAAUACUGGUGUUGCCGUAGUUGCGGCUUCCGCUAGCCGUGGAGGGAUAUUGUUGGUAGAUCCACUAGAAGGGGUUGUUGUGGGGAAACUUAGCAGUGCCGGCCAUUCUGGUGAGGUUCGGCAGUUUGUUUUUUCUGGAAAGAAAUUUCCUGGCAGGGGAUGGAGCGUCGGUUCAGAUAAGAGACUCAUAGAGUGGGAUAUUAAGCGCAGGGUUGCAAUGAGGUAUGCCUUCCAGUCUUUCCUUCUGUCACUUGGACGUAUAAUCUCGCCCAAUCCACUAUCAGAUUAUCAAUGGGGAUUGUGGCAUCAACCCAUGAUAGGUCUAGAUUGAUGGGUUACGGGAAUUGCGGAUAUCAGUCAAAGGAGAUCCAACACAAUCAGCAUGCUCGGGUUUUACUGCGCGAGGGAAGCACUUGUCCUUCUUGGGGGGUUUUGUCUCUGAGCAUGGAGAGUGGAGGUCUACCUGAGAUAGUGGAUAGGGCGAUAUUAUAUGGUAUUGCACUUUGAGUUUACUAACUUUCAUAGAGUUCUAUCAAUGAGAGAUGCAUCGGUUCAAUCCGUGACAUAUGCGCCGCCUUUUGCUCUCUGCGGGUCUCACAAGGUGUACGCAGUUGACUAUGAGAACCCUAAGCUGAGGGAGGCACUGGAGUUCGCGUCAUCAACUGCACCCAUUCAUACCAUAAUUUCCUCCGAUGACAACAAGUUCUUUCUUUCAGUGGCGGAAGCGGAUCGUUUCAUAAACAUUUUUUCCAUAGAGGAUAAAAAUCUUGAGGGGUCUUUGGUCGCUGAAUCGGGUGCCCGUAUUGUUACGGUCCACGAGAACAGAAUCUUGACCGCUGUAACCACAGACGGCACAGUAGAGCUGUUCCAGAACCCUUUUACUCCCGCUUCCUCAGACGACGGAUCAAAGAGGCGCGGAACCACUGUUCGCAAAGCGGACGCAGUUGUCCGUGUCACUAGGGCUACCACCUCUUUGGUAGUGAUAGUUGUCGACGCCUGUAUUCAGGGCGACGAGUUAGUUCUUGUCUGCCUUGAAGGCGGUGUUUCCUUUUUCUUCGAACGAAUAAUAUGGUCAUCUGCAGAGACUAGCGCCUUGGCCCUCGUCGGGAAUAUCAACAUCAGUACUCACGCUGGCGUCGGCGCUACUGCUAGCGGCGGAAUGAAUGGGAUGCGACAUACUGUGGAUGGGUUGAAAGCGGUAGUCAUUGGAGGUGGUGACCUCCGCAAUAUUGAGAUAGGUGAUCUUUCCCCGGCGGAAGAGUCAGCGGCGGUGGAGGAGGAGGAUGAAAGUGACCAAGAAGGCGAUGGCAGUGAUGAUGAGGCGGAGCAGACGUUUGGAGAGAAGGCCCGGGUGUUGAGAGUCACCGAAGCAUCCAAGGCCUCGGAACCAGAAGCCAUGCGGCUCCGGGGGGUUUCCAAUGCCCUCGUAAAAGCACCGGUCUCGGGAUCUCUGACCACUGUUCUAACUCAGGCCCUCCAAACAGGGGAUAGCAGCCUUUUGGAGUCCUGUCUACACUCCACUGACAAUGAAGCUAUAUUGGCAACUAUUCGCCGCCUGAACUCCUCUUUGGCCGUCACCCUUCUCAAACGUUUGGCCGAACGCAUUGCCAGACAUCCAGGGCGUGCCAAACCGCUCGGUAAUUGGGUUAAGUGGAUCGCAGUUGCGCAUGGAGGGUAUUUAGUCACCUUGCCAGACCUGGUGAGCCAGAUUUCCGAACUCCACCAGAUUGUUUCAGCCCGUGCUGGUAGUAUGCCAAAAUUAUUGUCUUUGCAAGGGAGACUAGAGAUGCUUUCCGCUCAAAUGCAAUUCAGGUCUACCCCAGCAGGCGCAUCAAAGCAGGAUGAUGACAACAAAGUUCUCUACAUGGAAGGUAUCGGGGAGGACGGCAGUGAGAGCGGGUCUGAUAACGAGCUUGAAAAUGUUGGGCUUGAGGGCUUCCAUAUUGAGGAUGCAAGCUUUAUAAAUGCCGAGGGGUCUACUGGCGAUAACGGUAGCGUUAGCGACUCUGAAACUAACGACUCGGACGCCGAAAUUUCUGAUGCUGAAGGAUACACCGACUCAGGCGAGGGCGAUGAUGAGGAUGAGGAUGAAUACCCCGAUGGCCACCGCACGAACGAUUUUUUCGACACCGAAGCUAUCGAGUCUUCGGGUCAUGAGGAACUGGACGAUGACGACCCUGCGAAUCAAGACCCCAAGGUGGAUAACGACGACGAGGACCAGGACGGUGGGGGCAACAACGAUGAUUCAGAGGGUGAUCAAACGGUUAUGAAGAGAAUCAGGAGGUCCAAGAAGUCGUCCCGCUAGAGGCUGUUCUAGUGUGUGUGGGGGUUAUUCUUGGCAUUUAUCUUCAUUCUUCUCGCAAUCUCUCUCUUUUUCUUUUUCUCUUUCCCUUUUCAUGUUUCUUCUACUUCUGCAUUCUAAUAUCAUUACCCACGAUAGCCUAGAUUAUAGAUUGGCAGGGGAGAAGGUUUCUAAAGGUGAAAAUGUUAUUAUGUCUGCCAAAAAAAGGGAAAGAUUUUUUUUCUACUCAUCAUAGGUGGCUACGGCAACUUUCUUCUGCAUUCCCCCCCAAAAAACUCUUGCACUUCUCUGUACUCGUACUCGUACUCGGUAUAGUAUUUAUUCUCGAGGAGCUAUGAUAUGAUGCGAAUAUCACGGCUAACCUCACCUCGCCCAAUGUAAUAUUUUCCCCUCACCCAGCUGGUACUGUAUGGUACGAGCACAUUACUGGACUCGGUUAGGUCAACUUGCUAUUGAACUGCACUACGGCGGGUAAAACCAAUAAUGGAGCCUCUAUAAAACAACUUAAAAAUUUCCAAAAGGACCACUGUAAUAAAGGCCAAAUGACUGUGAAGAGCCUAGUGGUUUUUAUCAAGCUUGUAGAUUUUUUUUUACGGACCUUCAUUUGGCUUUUAAAUGAUGUAUUUUUGGUGAGAGGAGUCAAAAGGGUUAUAUUAGCCACAGCUGUUAAUACUUAAAUAACUGUUUUAUUAUAGCUAACUAGAAUUUUCUCCUUCAAUUUUGAAUUAUCC